UAUUGCAAAUAUCCUCUAAACCACACAUGGUCAAAAUUGUACAUUCAAGCGAAUUUAUGCACCAUUUAUAUUUGACACUGAAGUUAUCAAAUAUGGAAAAGCAACUUUAAUUUAAAACUGCAUUAGUAACAAUACAGACUUUUAUCACUGUAAUCAUUAAAACCAGAAACUACUUCAUCUCUAUAAAGGUGAAUAAACCAGCCAGAGUUAUGAUAUGACAUUGUUGAGUGGUAACAAAAGCUUCUGGUUUCUCUACAACCUGCUAAAAGGUAUUAAUACAAAUAUUACAGGGACAGUAUGAAAGUGUUUAAUCCUGUUCAUAUAAAUCUGGGUAUCUUUGAAUUAGUUUUAAAGUCAUAACCAUUCCCCAUCGAAAAAGGAGCCUUUAUAUGCUCCAUAUAAAGCUUAAAAUGAGCACAAUAUUCAUGCUGAUGAGUGAAAACUUUUGAACGAAUCUGCUGUAUAUGCAAAGUUUUUGUUUUCUCUCAUAUCCAAGUCUCUUAACUCCAGUUCCAAAUGUGAUUUUAGAUAAAAGACUCUUCAGAAAGCAUUUUUAAUGGAUGUGUCGACUCCAAUAGAAAUCUCGGUUACUUAUUAUUGUACAUUCCCGACAGUCAUCAUUACACUCCCAUCUGUAUGCCAUCUUUCACUGCACUGCCAUCUGCACAUCACUAUUUUAAUUGCACUACCAUCUGCAGAUACAGUUGUCUAAUUUUUCAGAUUUUUUUAAACUUUUGGAUAAAAUACUGUAAACUGCAUUCAUCAGUUGUUGCCUUUUGCAUCUUUGCAACCAGUGCACCAGUUCAGAUGUCCAAGAACAGGCAAAAGAACCACAAAUUUGAAACUCUCUCCUAACAGUAAGGAAUCAUCCAUGUAGACGGAUCUUUAAUAAAUCAGAUCGGAGAAAUUUUGAGUUGGGGGAUAAAGGUAAGAAAUGAAACACCAAGAGAACUGUAGCUAUCACAGUACAACCUGGUGCUGUUUUGCAUUUGGAAAUGAUGGACGUUAGACGUUCUUCAGAAUUAGCUGAUGAAUGAUUAACGGAAUAUUAAGAUUUUUUUAAUAGUCUUCUGGGGGUCCUGACCUGCAGCCAGUUGAAAAUAUUUGGACUAUGAACCACCAAAUUUGAGUAAACUCUAUCACUAAGGCCUAAAACCAUCAAGGUCAUGGUGCAGCUAACUAAAAAACACAUCGUCAAACGCAACUAUCUCCAAAUCUACCACCAAAUUCUUGUUUUUCCAUUUGUACUAUCUUUUAAAUAUGGCUAAAUUCCAUGCAGCCCAUCUGUCUGUUUAUAAUGUUUGUAUUUUUACAUAACAGCAACUUUGCUUUAUCAGUCUGCAACACAAAGACAAACGACAGGAGCAGCGACGCUCUUUUCCUGCUGAUUAUGCCAGCGUUAGAUGCCCCAUAUCCUGUGGAGCCAUAAGAUUCUCUGUAAACUUGCUGCCAUGUCAGUCAGGGAUCCCAGUCUUACAGCAGGACCUGGAAAGAUACUCUGUGUUCUGAGGGGAAACUAAGAAAGGUCACAGUUUUGGAGAAAAGCAGCUGCAGGGAGACUUUUUCUUUCUUCUUCGAAUGUGUGAUGGAGUCUGGGUUUUUCUGCUUUAUUCUCGCGUCUUGCCUUGCAGUUUAUUCUUCUUACACAGUCAGCUCACACAGAGAGUGGGAUGAAGUUGUGAUGGUUGAACAAAACACAUCCGCCACCUUGGUCUGUACUGGUGCCAGACUCCGAGGCGACAUAUCCAUUAACUGGAAGGUGAAGUCGGUGGACACGGAUGAAUGGAAACUGAUUCUCUCAGCCAGCGAGAAGAAAAAGUUUUCUGGAGGUGCCUCGAAGCCAUCCAUGCGAUUGACUGACGACGACUUUCGAAACACGGGGGAUUUCUCGCUGGUUGUUUCACCCGAAGUGGCGGACGCAGGACUCUACUCGUGCCUCAUCCAGAAACAGGAGAGGAAAGUGAAGGAGAGGAUUUUCCUUUUGACAGUCCUCACAGUUGGCUUCUUUCCCCCUCUGCCCGUCCGUCAGUACAGCACCCUGCGGCUGUUCGCCAGAGCCAUUCCUGACAUUUCUGUCUCCGAAAUCACCUGGACGGCACCUGGCGGCUCUCCCAUGAAGACAGAGAAGUGGCCAAACUCAGGCACGGUGACUAAAGUGCCGCAGGUCCAGAACGCCGACGGCGGGACUUACACCUGUACGGUUUACCCCCGGGGUAACUCCAGCGGUGCGCUGGCUGUGCGUGUGGACGUGAGAGUUGACGCCAACAAUGUGGCCUCAUUCACCAAUAUUUCACACCGAAAUGAGAUCUUCACUGCCACUCAGGCUCAAAAAUCCUUCCUCCUGGUCUGUCCCAGCAGCCAGGGUGACUAUGUUCGGCUUCACUGGCUUUUCCCAGACACCAAAAAUUACAGCAAGAUUAAGCUAGUGUACCACUACGACCGCUGGAGGGGUUUCACCUCCAAGCACAGCAGCAAGCUCCAGCUAGCCGGACCGCCGUACAACCCACAGGCUGGGAGCUUCUCCUUCCUACUCACCCCUGAUUUGAAAGAUGGAGGCCUCUACGUUUGCGAAGUGUCUCUCAAUGACGUUGUCUUCAGCCAGAGGACAAGACUCAGCGUUCUGAAAGUGAAAACCAGCCAUUAUCCCUCGAAGCUGAAUCUUCUGUGCCUGUACUCAGAGCGCGCCAACGUUCAGGGCGCGGUGUGGCAACAUGACAAUAAAAGUCGGCGGCUGCAGAUGUCAAGCAGCGGUCCUGGCAGCAUCAGCACCACCCUGCCACUGCCCAUCACCCCUGUUGUAGCAGGGAAUUACACCUGCACCCUGCAGCUGAAAAACGGCCAGAGCAUCCAGGCAGUUCAAGCUGUCACAGCGCCCCCAACAGAGAGUGUCACCCCCUCCUUCCUGCACCCUUCUCUCUCUGCUUUAUUACUCCUGGUGCCCCUGGUUUCAGCAGCUGUCGGCGUGUUGCUAUGGAGACAGAAACACAUUUCUGAUCGCGGUAUUGAGCAGUCACUGUCUGUCCAGUCUGGUGAAUCGGAGAACAUCUAUGAGAAUCCAGAGGAUAUCAGACAGGCUCCUCCCCAGGGUUCAGUCUACAUGGAUUUGAAGCCAAGAGGAGACAAUGACAUCUAUAAGGAACUGGAGCGAUACGAGCAGUGUCAGGGCUGAUCACCUACCCACAUCUCAUCCCCAUCCAGCUGUCACAUCCUCUCUCUUCACAGCUGCAGCAAAAGGCCUUUUAUAAACAGGAGUAACUACUCAAUGUCAGAGUUGGGGACUUAAAGAAAACUUUUGAGCUUCACAGAAAUGCUAUUUAGGUUUUCCUUUACAAGCUAUCGCUCUUUAGAAGUUAUAGGAGCUCACAAACCUCUCCAGAAUGGAUGGUGGUUAAUAUUGCAUUGUAAAAUCUAACGUAUUGUUUGCAGUGAAAAGGGUACAAAUAAAAAUAAUACUUUGUUAUGUGU